AAGAAUUCUAGAGGCCCUUCCUUAUAAAAUGUUGCUAUGUAGUCUCACUCUAGGACAGUGAAGCACCAUGACUUUGGCCUGUCUUUUAUCGAUGGACAAAGCAGACUGGAGCCAACUCCAGAUUAUUUUACCACCUGGACUCUGCCUGGAUGUCUCUGUCUCUCUGUCUGUUUUGCUCCCUUCUAAUUCCCCUGUUGCAUCUUCCAGAGGAAUGAUGACCUAUGUUAUCCAGUCAUUUCCUCAGCUAUUCGUCUCCUAAACACUGGCAUCCUCUCAUAUUCCAACAAAAUCCAUGUCUCUCGCCUGAGAGGGCGAGCCCACUGUCAAGACCUGGCCUUUGGUCCAGCUCGCCUCCCCCAAAAUGGAUCAGUUUGAUAAUGAAUGGUGGAAGAGCACCCUCAUGGGUGGUGCUUUCUGGAGAGAAAUAAAUGAAAGAAACAGACUCCAGUUAGAGGCCAUCUCUCAUACCCAAAUUCCUGUCUUCAAUGCAGAUCCUCCUCGAGACCCUCUUACUCCUCGCAAGGACGAAGCCCAGAAGCCCCGUACUCGUCGUCGCUUUUCCAUGAGCGAUGCCCUCAGCCUCGCCUUGAAGUCCAGCGAGUCCAAAGACACAGACAACAAGAGCACCUUGGACUUCGGUAAAACGGAGACCAGGACAGGUAAUCGUUUUCUUAAUUUUGCAAAGCGCGCUCUCUCGCGUACCCCCAGCCAGAUCUUCUCACGACGGGGGGAGCACCCUCUAUUCCGUUCUCCUUUCAAAAUGUCUCCCCCUCCCACCCCCAAGAAAGAUGAUAAGUUCGCGGUCAUCCCGGCCACUGCGAUCAAACAGGAGGUUGGCACGCUUUUGAAGCCACUCAUGUACUUUCGCGGUGGUGCCUCCUGGAAAUGUCUGCCUCGCAAUGCAGAGAUUGUCAGCAUGGACGUCUUCUGGCCCAUUCAAGAGAACCAAGACGAGGGUAAAGAAGACAUGUUGCCGCUGGAGGAGUUGAAGCCCAUCAUCGAGUUCCGCUCCCUGCGUGUCCUCAAGAUCACGGGCAUGAUGCAGUCCUACCAGAAGUACAUCUGGGAAGUCGUCUGGCUGAACCCCGAACUGACCGAUCUUUGGCUUGAAAUGGCCCUGGAACCUAGCCUGGAGUCCAACCUUUCUGGCGAGUGGCAGGUCAUCAAGCACAAUUGGAAGGUCCAGGAACCCUUCGCCGAUGGAUUUGAGAUCUACUACGGCGACAAAGGCACUGGAAACCUGAACCCUUCUAUCGGCGACGGCGAGUACCUCGACAAGAACGCCAUGGAGAAGGCCAAGAUGCGCGCCAUGAUCGCUGCAUCAAUGGGCAUGUACCUCCCCAUCCGGAACAUGACUCUUGUCGGCUUUGUCGUCGACGCGGGCCCGUUCCACCUCUUCUUUGACCCGGAGAAACUCAAACGCAUCACCUUCAAGCGCGACUGCGUCGAUGCAGGCUUCUUCCUCCCCGAAAUCAUGAAGAAUAGAGUCUGCGUUGUGUCUCCCCGUCCCGAGUGCAAGGCUGUUGCGGUCCCCAUCCCAAGACAGCAGCCACAGAGCCACAACAAGAAUCUCAGCACUGGAGACAAGGACAGUGCCGUGGCUACCCUUGCAGCUGCUCGUGCCGCGGGGACUUUAUCGAGCCUCCCCGUCGACGUGCUCAAGGAUCUCAAGGUUAUCGACCUCAAGGGCGGUAAGAAGAUCGGCGAGGAGCCCUUCGACAUGAAAAAGCAUGGCCAUCUCCUUGCUGAAAGAAACAAGGCAGGCUGUGGCAAACGCGGGUGCACCUGUCACUUGAAGGAGAACCAAGCUGGUCAGAAGAAACCUGCGGGCAAGUAA